UUUGUACUCUUCCUCACUCUCUCUCUCUCUCUCUCUCUCUCUCUCUCUUAUCUUUGUCUCUGUCACUCAAUUAUACUUUCACCCUUUUCUCCUCUUCCUUUUGACAUUCAUCUGCGCCGGUAUCUACUUUUAUUCUUACUAUACGUCCACAUCCGCUUGCACGUUUUCAGUUUCACUCAUACAAAGCGGGAGCCGUCUCGUUUCUCGUCAAUUCGGCUUCGAGCCAGAGACACUAAAAACGAAGAGAGACUCGCAGCAUCCUCAAUUCAGUCCGGAUAAUGAAAACUGACGGUACAGGCCUGUCUGCCGAGGAUAAAGCUAUCGAAAUAUAUAGUAUAUAAAACGAGCUAGAGACCCAAUGUUUCUCUCGUUGUUCCGAGACUGACAUUUUUCGUUCUCCCUGCUGGUGACGCUUUUCUCUUUUGCCAAGCUUCCUCCUGUCAUCCUUACUCUUUUCAUCCUUUAUGAAUAUUUGUCAGACAUUUCACACAUGGACAAAAACUAGUUCGACAUUUCGGCCCAGCCAUUUUGAUAACACAAAAAGUAUCAGGAGAGCCGUUAAAGCUUUACGACUUGGAAUAAAAAAGCAUCAGGAUCGAAAGUUUUUUAUCAAAAAAAAUAAAGAAUUAAAAAAAAAAAUAAAAAAGCAUGAAAAGCAUAAGUAAGUUUUUGUGGAUAAUAACAGCGUUUUUUUGUAUCUAGAAAAACUAAACAAACGAAUGUCCACGAGUAUAGGUACAGUAUAGGUAUAAUAUAAACAUUACAGGGUUUUUAGGAAAAUGUAUGAAAUCUUCGUUACGGGACAUGCCAAGGGGACAGCGAAUGAGAAUGGGGAUAGAAACUUGUAGGGUAUUAACAAAUGGGAAAAUAACGGCGUGUAAAAGCGAUCUCGCGGAGAGUCAGGGUGGUAGAUGAGGCAGAUGAAAGGUCCGACGGUUGAAAAUGGCUAUGGCGGUUCGUAUACAGUUGCAAUUUCACGGCUCGUAGGCUGGUCUGCGUAAAGCUCGUGCCGCGGGUUUGUUUUUGUAUUAAUAAAACAUUUACAUCUCUCGGCGGACACCCCUCCCUCUACGAAAGGGAGACUAACGGUGGGGCGCCAUGGACAGAGGGAGUGGGCAGCAGGGGUCGCACUCGUAUCUAUCUAACGGCAGAGCUUUUUCCUCCCUUAUAUUUCGGUGUCCCACCAUUCGAAACAUUCGCAGGGGAUGCUGCUGCUCGUGGAAGCAGCACCGAAGCGUCCUGGUGGAGUGUGGGGCUCGACUGUCGCUCGGUAAAUGCGUUAACCGGCCGGGGGGUGACGGAAAUACACGAGCUGAGCCGAGCAAUCCCGAAAACUCAGCAACCCCUGUCAGUAGGCCUGCCGCAACGCAGCAGUGAGCGCGCCUUCCGCUUUACUACGGGGGCUUCGUUCUCGUUCCUUUAAUCUCGCAAAUUGCGCUGUGUCCAGGCAUGGCUUCAGUGUUAGUUUUAAAAUUGUCAUCGAUCUGAUAUUGAUUUUAAUUACGUUUCCUCGAUUCGAAGGGAAAAUCAUCGGGAAAAUUUUUACAUAUCAUUUUUGCAAAUUAAAUUGCAAAACUUGUACCUUAACAACGAGUAGCAGUGGGAUUGCAGUUACGGGUAGAAGAAUAAAUUUCGAAAAGUCCUGAUGAAGGACUUUCACGAUAAAUCUGAAUAAUUAAAAAAUAAUGCACGUCUAUAAAAACUUUAAUCGGAACAGAAAAUUUGUGAUAAAUUUUAUUUCUAAUAUCGAUACCUAUAAAAUGUUUAUACAAGUUUAAUAACAUAUCUUGUACUUUUUUUUAAAUUACUCACGGAUCCUCUUCAAUACGUAUACGGACAUUUACGAUAGAACAUAAAAAUGCUUUUACAUCACAAAACCUUUUUACACGCUACGAUAGACGAUUGAAUAUUUUCCACGUAAUAAAAGGAGAAUCUAAUAUCCUCAAGUGCAUCAUGUAAACAGUUAACUAGUAUAAAAGAAAAAUGAUUGAUUCGGGUGACCGAUCUCAUCGGUGAAGGACAGCAAGAAAAAUUGGAAAGAAUCUUCAAGAAGGAUGAAAUCAACGAAAGCAAAGUUCUUAUCGAUAACUCAACGAAGUUGCGUCACUUCCGGAAUAAAUAAGUGCAGUUACACCGUGUCGAAUAAUCAGUUAGACUGGUUACUUACAAUCCGACCGUACGUUCGUUGCAAGUGUGUCGAAGGUGCAUCAAGUAGUUAAAAUAAAAAAAAGAAACUUGAAACAUCGUUAAAGUCAAUAAAAUCACAGGAAACCCCAAAGCGACAGUUUACCAGGAUCGUUAAAUUCGUUAGAUUCCUCGAGUCUGAUAGAUCUCAGUGAUAUUUCGAGAGGAAUACACAAGUUUCAACAUUUUCAACAUCAGAUCUUCUUAUCUCUGCAAUAUGAAGACGCUCUUGUUAAUGAGCAUUCUCGUCUAUACCGUGGCGGAAGUGUUCAUUGGUGACGUCGAUGAACCAAGAGAAUUUAUCAACGAACACAUCUGUGGACUAUCUAAUAAGACCAGAAGGCUAUCGGCGACGUCGUCGAUGUCGAAAAUUACUACUAGCAGAAUCUACAUGGACGAGUACCGAUAAUGGACCUGAGUGCUGUGGCUGGAUACAGAACUCAAUUACCAUGUGACAUAACGCCGCCUAGCAGAGACGACGUGGUAUUCAUGGUACUUUGGUACAAGGAAGAGAAAGACGGCGAACCCAUUUACAGCGUGGACGCACGUGGCCGGACGUUCAGUCAAGCGAACUUUUGGUCGGAUCCGGAAGUUUUCGGCGACAGGGCUUCUAUGAAGAUGAACGUGAAACCAGCCGAAUUGGAGAUAGAAGAUCUUAAGGCAAAAGACGUGGGACUGUACAGGUGUCGCGUGGACUUCAGGAACAGCCCCACGAAAAAUCAAAAGAUUAAUCUAACCGUGAUAGUCCCGCCAGAGAGGCCGGUAAUCUAUACCGGUGCGAGAAGAAGUCUCGCCAAAAUACUUCAACCCUUUAACGAGGGCAGUGACCUCUCGUUACUCUGUGAGGUCAGAGGUGGUUCCCCACCACCGAAGCUCGUCUGGUACCUAGAAGGAAAAUUGCUCGACGAUACCUUCAAGAGAGAGCACGACGACAUAACAGUGAAUCAAUUGGAAAUUGCAAAAAUCACUAGAGAAUUUUUAAGGGCCAGACUGAUCUGUCAGGCUAACAAUACUCACCUGAUAUCACCGAUAAUAUCUGAGAUAAUUUUGGAUGUUAAUCUGAAACCAUUGAUGGUAAAUAUUAAAAGUAAGGAAACACACCUGUCAGCGCUUAAGACUUAUGAUAUUGAGUGUGUUAGUUCCGGUUCCCGACCGGAACCUGUGAUCACAUGGUGGAAAGGCACUCAUCAGGUGAAACACAUGGCCAGAAAUUUUGCAGAGAGUCCUAACGAGACUAGAAGCGUAUUGAGUUACGUGCCAACUAUUGUGGACGAUGGGAAGUUCCUGAUCUGUCGUGCAGAGAAUCCUGUAGUACCAAAUAGUGCAUUGGAAGACAGAUGGUACCUGGUCGUUCAUUACGUUCCCGUGGUGACGAUCAGUUUGGGUUCAAACUUAAAGGCAAAUGACAUCAAUGAAGGCGAUGACGUUUAUUUCGAAUGUGACGUCAUGGCUAAUCCAAAAGAGUAUAAAUUAGCCUGGUUCAAAGAUGGCCGCGAGUUACAUCAAAAUACAACGGCUGGUAUCGUACUGCCUGGUGGUAAAUCAUUGGUGUUACAAAGGGUCACUAAAAAUUCAGCAGGCGACUACUCGUGUAUGGCUGCCAAUACCGAAGGACGUGCCUCGAGUAGACCAGUCAGAUUGGAAGUCAUGUACGCUCCCAUAUGUAAGGAUGGAUCCAUGACGCAGGUCGUAGGGGCGCUCAAGCAGGAGACCAUAUCUCUAGUCUGCGGUGUCCAAGCGAAACCACCUCCUGAUACGUUUCAUUGGACUUUUAACAAUUCUGGGGAGCUGAUGAACGUUCCAGCCAGCAGAUUUACGCAGAUCAAGCCACUGCGUUUGCUCACGAAUCAUUGGCACGGCUCCAGAUUGAACUACACGCCCUCUAGCGAUAUGGAUUACGGGACUGUGGCGUGUUGGGCGAAAAAUCGUAUAGGCGUACAGAGGACUCCGUGUCUAUUUCAGAUUAUAGUAGCAGGUCGGCCUUAUCCGUUGCACAACUGUUCAGCAGUUCAGUCUACAGGACCAUAUGCUUACCGUAUGGGUCACGAGGAUUUCAAAACAACGGACUCCAGGGAUGCUGACUGGCUGAUAGUGAGGUGCAUGGAGGGUUUCGAUGGUGGCUUACCCUUAACCAGUUUCGAGCUGGAAGUAUACAGCGAGGAGAAUGUUUAUCACAUCAAUACGAUUUACCUGAAUCAGACGGAUAGAAUGAAUUCAGGUGGUCCGAUCUUCGAGGUUCCUGAUCUGGAGCCGGGAAGGAAUUACCGACUGUUACUAUACGCGAUAAACGCUAAAGGUCGUAGCGAUCCAGUCGUCCUGGAACCAGUUACGUUAAAGGGUGUCGCCAUGUACACAACUGGACGAGGAUCAUCCGAUGACAGCACCGAUUACAGUCUCCUUGUGGCCUGCUUUGCUGGAGGUAUCACAGCGGUUUGUAUCCUUGUGGUUGGUAUUACCCUGACCCUCUACAGGAGAAAUCAUACCUCGGUACCGACCAAGACGCAAAUAGAGAUUGUUCGCUACGACAGCAAGGACAGAGGACGCACCGAGAAGGAGGCUAAGGAUCAGGUCCAGGAUCCUCUCGAGGAUGAUCCUGACGUCAUACCUAACAAAGUCGAUCGAAGACCAGACAUCUUCGAACCGACAUACGGAAAAGCUACGGACAAAAUGACAAAUUUUGGUAGUCUUGAUGACUUUGAUUAUCCUUCACCCUCCAAUGUCCUUCACUCAAAGGACUCUUGGAUUUAUCCGAAUGGAUACGUCGAACGGGCAGAAAAGCUUAGUCCUGUCCGACCCAGUACACUUCCGGUACAUCGUAGCCAUGAUAUAUAUACGAGAAGCUUGCGAGUCCAGGAGAGUUGUAUAUAACAAGGAUUAUCCCAUGGACAAGCAGGCCAGGAUCUCUUCCACCUUUGACCUCAUUCGACUUCAUUGACGGUUAAGCUACUCGAUCAAUAAAUAAGACAAUGUAUAUCAAUGUUUGUACAUAGACAAUAAAUCGGAUUGUUAAGAAA